AUGAAUUCCACAACCACCACGUCACCCAGCUCGCCGGAAAGGCUGAGUGUGGCAGAGGAAGCCAGGCAGCUAAACGAUGCUGAGCGGUCCCUUGACUCCGCCUUAACCUCAUCAGGCCCCAGCAGCCAAGCACGCGAAGGUCAUUCAUCAUUCAGCCCAGACCACGAGAAAGGCAACAGCAGGGGGGCAAAGGCUGGCUUGGCGACCUUCGCAGCCAGGAGAAGGGGACUGAUCAUCAUCUUUGCUGGGUGCAUCGUCGUCAUCAUGGUCAUCCUGGCUCUGGUCCUUCCACUAGCUCUCAUCUUGCCUCACCGGCAAAGCGGGUCAGCCAAGGCCACCCCAACCGCCGCGGUCAGGGACGGCACAUUGAUAUCUGGCAGAUUGCUCGAUGGCUACGAAGUGUUUGGUGGUGAGUAUGCAAGUCAAAUUGCCUUGCACAGCGAUGCGACUUCGGUCACAACUCUGAUCCUCGUACCAUCCUUCGCCUCCUCUGCAAGGUAUACGAUAUGCGGCUGCGCCUGUUGGCGAUCUUCGCUUUGCACCACCCCAACCGCCUCCUUCGCCGAUACAGGUGGCCUCGGUCAGCAUUCCCAAGUCCAAGUCCAAGUCAAAGUCAAGUUCACACAAGACCAAAGCCUCGGCUCACUCAUCAGCUGAACAAAUCAGUAAAGGCGGCAACACGGUCGCCGACUCCGGGGACGCCAUUUCAGCUGGAGCUAGUCGCAGAGAUGCACCACCUGAACUGAAGUUGCGUACCGUGCAAGCCACUAACACCGGCUUGGUCUGCCCACAGGAUGGAGACAUCAGUCGUCAGGACGAAGACUGCCUUUUCGCCCAGAUCAUACGUUCGCCAGGCGUGCUGCAGAACGCUUCCCUGCCAGUCUUGCUUUUCUUCCACGGCGGAGGGGGACAAGCUGGAUCUGGGGCUUCGUAUAUCGGCAGCAUGAUCAAGAUGCUCGAUGCUGGGCGCAAAGCCGGUGGACCCGAUGUGAUGAUCGUCCUCGUCAACUAUCGCCUCGGCUCGCUCGCUUUCUUGGGAGGCACAGAAUUCGAUGAGCUGAGGCAGAGUCGAUCUGGCAAUGUCGGUCUGAAUCUUGCUUUCCAAGACAUGCGCCAGGCCGCAAGGUGGACGCGCGACAACAUCGACCAAUUUGGAGGAGAUCCUGAUCAGAUUACCAUCUGGGGCCAAAGCGAAGGCGCUUUUGGCGUUGGCUCGCUGCUUACCGCAUAUCCGUCCUCGGUAGAAGAGCCGAGGCCCUUCGCGGCUGCGAUAUUGCAGUCGGGCGGACCCGGUGGUCAGCGUGAGUAGACUCGGAUCCAUCGUGUUGACACUCGCGAAGGCCCUGGUUGAUUGUCUUCCGAUCCGCUGCUCUUACAGCCAUGCUGCCUCAAAGCUAUAAAGACGAUCAGUUCAACCGCGUCCUCUCCGACACCGAAUGCGGCAGUCUUGAUCAAACGAAUUUGACCUUGGCUGAGCCUCCAAGGGCGUUUGACCCUGUUGCUGCCACUGCGCACCUGGAAUGUCUUCGAGCGCUUCCCUGGCAGAAGCUGAGAAUGGUCACCAAUGCCGAGGCAGACAGAGCUCUGAAGCCAGAAGGGUAUAUUCUCGGUUCCUACGCCUGGACACCCGCUAUCGAUGGCGGCCCAGAGGAAGGAGGUCUCUUCUCCGACAGGGCGAGCGAGUUGCUGUCGAGCCGGCUAUACGCCCGUGUGCCGAUGCUGUCCGGUGAUGAUGAAGACGAAGGAACGGUCUUCGCGCCGGAUACCUUCAACGACUCGCCCUCUUUCGAGGAUUGGCUGGGCAGGAUAUACUUCGCGGGGCCUGACAGAGCCAAUGCUUCGGGUAUUGCCAGCUUCAACGACACGAUGGACGCCCUUCGAAGCGUGGUCACAGCUUAUCCUGACGAUCCCAGCCUCGGAUCACCAUUCUCGGCUGCGGACCCCACGGAUCGGUUCUACGGACCGACCAAUCAGUACAAGAGGGCAGCGGCAGUGUAUGGCGACAUUCGUUGGCAUUCGAAUAGGAGGCUCUUCCUACAGCGUGCAGCGGCCGCUAAUGUGCCCAUCCAUGCCUACCUAUUCUCCAAUCGAAAUCCUCGCGCGCCAGUUGAGCUCGGGGUACCUCAUGGCGCGGACCUGGACAUGAGUGAGUACAUUGUGCGCGUGCUGCGCGCCGGCGUCGUUCCAGGCGUGCUGACACGAGACUUGAAAUUUCAAAUCAGUUCUUCAAACUGUCUCGAGUCCCCUGGGCGCCAUCAUGGCUCGCCAAUGGCUUACCUUUGCCGCGACGCACAAUCCCAACGCACAAGGCUGUGAGUACGAUGGCGCUUGCUGGAUUGCUCGUGCGCAGUGAGCUGAUCACCUGCCUCGCGCGCGGAUCGAAAGUGCCCGUAUGGCCCGCCUAUGGGUCCUCUUCGUCAAUCUUGCUCUUCGACCACAACGCCACGAGCGUGUCCGCCGAUGAUUACCGGAGCGAGGCCAUCAACGUGCUGAACAGCGACAACGUCUUGGCGGUCACUGGUAGGUGA